GUUGGAGCCUUCGGGGGAACUUGCUUUCCCCUGGGCAGCCGACCCCGCUCCCUGCCCCCGCGCACACGCCCCUCUCCAAGGGGAAGCGGCGGCGGCGGCGGCGGCGGCGGCGGCGCCCAAGCCCCUGCCUCGCGGGGCGCCUGACCUGGGGUGGGACAGCUAAGUCGGGGCCGCGCCACUUUGAGCGCUGUGACCUUGGGUAAGUUCUGGCCCCUCUGGGACCCUCGAAGGUUCGCGAGCGGGCCGGGAGCAAGCGGCGCCUUCGGACGCUCCGAGGACGCUCGGAAGUGUCGGCGAGGCGCGCGAGGCGCUGCCACUGGCGCCAAAGUGCGCCCCCGCGCGCGGAGACGCUGCGGGUCCCCCAAGUCGCGCUGACGCGGAGACCCCGUGCCUCGUCGCCAGUCCGCUCCCGAGCACCUGAGUUUUCAGGUGGCGAGGCUGACGGGGCUGCUUGGAGGGCGAGCAAGCCAAGCCGCAGCGCCCUUUGGAUUGGGUAGCUUUCUCAGUAGCAAUGGAGAUGGAGUCGACCGACCAACAGCUCCAGCUGGAGGCCUCAACUCCCACCGGUUUAUCUGACUUCUGCCCAGACUCUGAAAUGCCAACUAUGUCAAGGCCUGCACUUGACGUCAAGGGUGGUAGCAGCUCUGCGAAGGAGGAUGCCAACCAGGAGAUGAAUUCUCUGGCCUACUCUAACCUCGGGGUGAAAGACCGCAAAGCAGUGGCCAUCCUGCACUACCCCGGGGUGACCUCAAAUGGAGCCAAAGCCAAUGGGGCUCCCGCCGGCUCCUCUGGAUCAGCAUCUCCAAUGGGCUCUCCUACUGCCACCCCUUCCACCAAACCCCCACCCUUCAACCUGCACGCUGCCCCCCACCUGAUGGCCAGCAUGCAGCUGCAGAAGCUUAACAGCCAGUACCAAGGGGCCGCAGCGGCUGCUGCUGCCAGUCCGGGCCAAGCAGGGGAGGCGGGCCCCAUGCAAAACUGGGGCCUUGGGGCACAGGCCCAGGUGCAGGCCCAGGUGCAGGCCCAGGCCCAGGCCCAGGCUCAGGCCCAGGCUCAGGCCCAGGCCCAGGCGGGAGGGUCAGGGUCAAUCACUCCUCCUGCUGGUGCCCAGAGCCCUGCUAUCAUUGAUUCUGACCCAGUGGAUGAGGAGGUGCUGAUGUCUCUGGUGGUGGAACUCGGGCUAGACCGAGCCAACGAGCUUCCCGAGCUGUGGCUGGGGCAGAAUGAGUUUGAUUUCACUGCAGAUUUUCCCUCUGGCUGCUGAUGCCGAGUGUCCCUAAAAAUUGAGGAACAAAGCCACCAAUUCUGUUGUAAAUAAAAGUAACUUGCAAAGAGA